ACCUCUGGAAUCUUGCUGGCAUCGUCUUCAUCUUCUUCAACCCUCUCAUAAUCCCAUCUCUGUGUGUAUUGUGCUCUCAUUUUUACACUCCUCCAUUUUACCAUAAAACCAAACCCACAAUUUUUUUUACAUGCUAUAACAUUAGUAGAAUCAUGGUUCCGUUUAGCAAUUUUUUGAUCUUAUUUUCUACUCUGUUUUUCAUAGCAUCAGCUGCAUAUGAUGGAGCCGGAAAUUCAUCAUCGAUAUACGAAGUGCUUAAGCUUCAUGGGCUUCCGAUGGGAUUGUUACCGAAAGGCGUGAAGGACUUUGUUUUGGAUAAUUCUGGGAAAUUUGAGGUUCACUUGGAUCGCGCUUGCAUUGCCAAGUUUGAAAAUGAACUGCAGUAUGAUAGGAAUGUCUCGGGUAUAUUGAGUUACGGGCAGAUCGACGAGCUAUCCGGGAUUUCUGCGCAGGAUUUGUUCUUGUGGUUCCCUGUUAAAGAAAUUCGGGUAGAUAUUCCGAGCUCGGGGAUAAUUUACUUUGAUGUGGGAGUGGUUUCAAAGCAGUUUUCAUUGUCUUCUUUUGAGACUCCAAGGGAUUGUUUGGCUGUGCAGCUUCCAGAUCUUCAGUAUGAUACACAUAUUACCCAAUCUGUGCCUAAGAGCUCACGUGGGAAGCUCCAGUACCAUGAUUUUGGAACGGUAUCAUCAUCAUAGAUUUUACAAGAGAAUACAAUGCACGAAUAGCUCAAUCAGGCCUCGGAUUUCAAUCGUUGUAUGUACUUCUGCAGAGAGUCUUGCUUAGCCGGUCAUGUUUCUUCAUUGUAGUGUGCUUGCUUGCGGUUUUGUAUAUAGUGCAGCGUCUGCAAAGUAGUCAUGCUAGCUCCUCUCCAUGUCACAAUUAGUGGUUAAUUGAAUUGAGAGCUAAGCUGAAGACAAUGUGAAAAUCAUUGGAUUCUUAGAGACAGGAGACAAGUAUGGGGAUGGGAAGCAUCAGUACCCAGGAUCAGAUUAUAAAUUUAUCGAAGUUCAUAAACUCCAAAAAUAUCAUUAUGAAUAUGGACAUUAUCUUUUUGCAGUGUAAUUGUCAAGACGACGAAUUAUGCAGAGUUUUCAUGGUAAAGAAUAAGGAAUAAAAUAGUUUUCUUCCUUCGAUUUUGUUUUUAA